AUGCAGGCUGCACAGCAGUCCUGGGAGCUCGACAACUCAAUCAGUGUUUUCGACCCCCAACGCGAUGCGCUAUACCAAUACGACGCAGAAACACAAAAGAAACUGAACGAUGAACGACCGUGGGCCAAAGACCCCUAUUAUUUCAAAUAUGUCCGAAUCUCCGCAACAGCACUAUUGAAAAUGGUGAUGCAUGCGCGCUCAGGUGGAUCCCUUGAAGUGAUGGGUCUAAUGCAAGGCUACAUCCUCCCAGAAACCUUCGUGGUGACAGAUGCAUUCAGACUCCCCGUUGAAGGUACAGAGACCCGCGUGAACGCACAAGACGAAGCGAACGAAUACAUGGUUUCCUACCUGCAGUCAUGUCGAGAUGCGGGGCGAGUGGAUAACGCCGUUGGCUGGUACCACAGUCACCCGGGGUACGGGUGCUGGCUAUCGGGUAUUGAUGUGGCGACGCAACAGACGCAGCAAAUGUCCGGGCCGUUUGUGGCUGUUGUUAUUGAUCCCGACCGGACGAUCUCGGCGGGUAAGGUGGAGAUUGGGUCCUUCAGGACAUUCCCUCUGGAUUUCACGCCUGCUAAGGAGGCUCAUGAGGAUGAUGAGUUUCAGACUAUUCCUGUUGGGAAGGCGGAGGAUUUUGGAACGCAUGCGAAUCGGUAUUAUUCGCUUGAGACAACUCAUUUCAAGAGUACGCUUGAUUCGGAUAUUCUAUCAUUGCUCUGGAACAAAUACUGGGUUUCUACGCUCAGCCAGAGUCCAUUGUUCGCUUCCCGGGACUAUGGUAGCAAGCAGAUGGUCGAUCUCAGCGAUAAGUUGCGCAAAGUUUCGAGGCAAAUCGAGAAUUCUGGUUCGCGUCCUGGUGGGUCUGCGGUCAAAGACCAACAGCUUGACAAGGUUGUACGAGGCGGCCAACGGAUUGUAUCAGAGGAGGUUAAGGGUCUUAUGGCAUCUGAGGUCAAGUUGAAGCUCUUCCGGGAUAUUGGGGAGCAGCCUAAACCAGCAGCCUAA